AUGAAGUUCUUUACAGUGACUGUGUUGACUCUAGCAGUGGCCGCCUCCGCGAGGCACAUCACGCUUGAAGAUGUCAUCGAAUUAGAAAAGAACACUCCGUACGGUUACAUCACCGCCGUUGCCCUGCCACUAGCUAACAAAGUUCUAAUAGCUGAGGAGAAAGGUAAACAGAAUCCAUCUAGAAUCGUUGGUGGCUCAUUAGCUGGCCUUGGACAAUUUCCUUAUCAGGCUGGACUUAUUGUACACUUACCUAGUGGCAAUGGUAUCGCCAGUGCAGUUCUAAUCUCAAACAAUAGAGUACUAACUGCUGCACACAAUUUACAUGAUGGCGUUUCAAAUGUCCCAAGUGUGACUGUGGUCCUAGGAACUACCACUCUAUUUGGAGAUGGAGUAACAUUUACAACUAACAACUUCAUUUUGCAUGAAAAUUAUAAUCUUUUUCAACUAAGAAAUGAUAUUGCUAUCAUCAAUUCGCCGUUUAUAAUCCAAAGUUCAAGUAUUCUGGCCCCCAUCGCCCUUCCUUCUGGCUCUCAGCUUCAAGAGGACUUCGUUGGUGAUAAUGCUGUCGUAUCAGGAUUUGGAAUGAAUCCUUCAAUUGGAGGUGUUAUUGCGAAUCAACCGUUUAGCUACGUGAGCUUGCCAGUUAUCUCAAACGAUGUCUGCGCCCAAGUUUUAGGAUCCUUUAUUCAACCUUCCAUCGUGUGCACGGGAAGUGUCAUCGAUAAAAAUGUUUGUUCUGGUGACUCAGGUGGUCCUCUCGCAGUUCAGCGAAAUGGCAAACCUCUUUUGAUUGGUAUUGUAUCAUUCGGGGCACCUGGAGGCUGCGCCGGCGGGAAUCCAUCUGCUUACUCGAGAGUCACUGAGUACAUAAAUUGGAUAAAUACACGACUGUAA